GCAGAGCGCGGGCGGCCGAGCGCGGCGGGCGGGCAGGGCCGGGCCGGCAUGGCCACCACCAGCACCACGGGCUCCACCCUGCUGCAGCCCCUCAGCGACGCCGUGCGGCUGCCCAUCGACCAGGUCAACUUCGUCGUGUGCCAGCUCUUUGCCUUGCUAGCGGCCGUUUGGUUUCGAACUUACCUUCACGCGAGCAAAACGAGCUCUUUUAUCAGACAUGUCGUGGCCACUCUUUUGGGCCUGUAUCUUGCGGUUUUCUGCUUUGGAUGGUAUGCCUUACAUUUCCUCGUACAGAGUGGAAUUUCCUACUGCAUCAUGGUCAUCAUCGGAAUGGAGCACAUGCACAAAUAUUGUUUUGUGUUUGCUUUGGGAUACCUCAUAGUGUGCCAAAUUACUAGAGUCUAUAUCUUUGAUUAUGGACAAUAUUCUGCUGAUUUUUCAGGCCCGAUGAUGAUAAUCACCCAGAAGAUCACCAGCUUGGCGUAUGAGAUCCACGACGGGAUGUUCCGGAAGGACGAGGACCUGACUCCGUCACAGAGGGACUUGGCUGUCAGGCGCAUGCCCAGCCUCCUGGAGUACCUGAGCUACAACUGCAACUUCAUGGGCAUCCUGGCCGGCCCCCUCUGCUCCUACAAGGACUACAUCACCUUCAUCGAAGGCAGGUCCUACCACGUGCCGCGGGGCGAGGACGGCGGAGCGGAGCCACCCGGCGGGGGAGCGGAACCGUCCCCAAACGCGGCCGUCGUGCAGAAGCUGGUGGUCUGCGGCCUCUCCCUGCUGGUCCACCUGACCGUCUCGAGCGCGCUCCCCGUGGAGCACAACAUCGACGAGCACUUUCGAGCUACGGCCUCGUGGCCGACCAAGGCCCUGUACCUGUACGUCUCUCUCCUGGCGGCCAGACCCAAGUACUACUUCGCGUGGACGUUAGCCGACGCCAUUAACAACACCGCCGGCUUCGGGUUCAGAGGCUUCGACAGGCACGGGGAAGCUCGCUGGGACCUGAUCUCCAACGUGAGGAUUCGGCAGAUCGAGGGGUCCACCAGCUUCAAGAUGUUUCUCGAUAACUGGAACAUCCAGACGGCUCUUUGGCUCAAGAGGGUGUGCUACGAACGGACCACGUGGAGUCCCACCAUCCAGACCUUCGUGCUGUCCGCCAUCUGGCACGGCGUGUACCCCGGCUACUACCUGACCUUCCUGACCGGGGUGCUGAUGACGCUGGCCGCGCGAGCCAUGAGGAGUAACUUCCGGCACCACUUCGUGGCCUCGCCCCCGCGGAAGCUGCUGUACGACGCGCUCACCUGGGCGGCCACCCAGCUGGCGGUGAGCUACACGGUGGUGCCGUUUGUGCUGCUCUCCGUCCAGCCGUCCUUCUCGUUCUACAGCUCCUGGUACUACAGCCUUCACGUCGCCGGCGUCUUAGUCUUGCUGCUGUUCCCCGUGAAAAAGACUCAGAGCGGGAAGGAUCCCCACCAACACAGGCGGCCGUCGCGGGCCAAGAAGUUCGAUGAGCAUUCUUUGGGACAGAAUAGUUUCCCCACAACAAACAACGUGUGCAGUCAGGGUCCAGCCAGCGCCGCCAGACACUCAUCAGGAAAGGAGUGACGGGAAACCGCGAGGGCUGUCGUGUGCGUUAACAGCACGGACCGGAGCGCCUUCUCCAGGGGGUUGGGAUCGUUGGAAAAGAGAGUAAAGCUGGGGGCGGGGGUGGGGGGAGUCGGACCGUGGCUGGUAGGGAGUUCCCGGUGUCCCCGAUCGGAAAUGGGGUGAUCGUCCCCCUCCCUGGCCGUGUUCCCAGGGGCCACGCCUUAGCUAAGAUAUUUCCAGGAUCUCGGUGGGCACUCCGGGCCUCGGCGGGGUGUCCGCGGGGUCCUCUGGGCGCCCGGUGGUUGAAUGUACGCUGUGCGCCCCAGGGCAGCGGCGAGGUGGGGAGAUCGUGGGUCCGUGCGGACGAUGGAGAGAAAUUCGCUUUCCCAAAUGAAUGUCUUGCCUUAAACCCUCUCUUUCCUGAGAUGUCAUUCCUAAAUGGUCUUUUUCAACUGUAACAUGGUGAGGACUCGAUUUCCAUACUGGAUGUGCAAUGAGCUGUGAAGGGAUUCUGGGGGAAUUUGGAACAGGGUUUGAAGAUUGUGGAUAUUUUAAAAAUGCAAUAAACGCCUCGGUAUUUGAAGGGU